AUGGAAGAGGUCUCAGUAAAUAAUGAGCCGCCACAAGAUUCGGUUUACAAAGAGUCUCUGACGAUCGAACAAGUUGUAGAUAAAACUGUAAAAAGAUUGAAUCUCCCACUGUUUCUUCUCUACUGGGCUGCUUUGAGCACAGCACUUAAUUCUGGUGCUGUAGCAUACGUAACUGUUAUCACGGGCAACAUUCCUUACAAGGACUGGAAGUGCACUUCGGAUAAAUGUGCAUCUCUCCACGCAGAAAUGUCUGAGAAAGAGGACUUCUUCACCCAGAAGACAAUGUGCGAUAAUGAAAUGGAGGCAGGGAUGGACUUCAUCUGGACGACAAGCAAGAUAACUUUUACCACUGAUUGGAAUAUCUACUGUAAGGAAGAAAGCAGACUGGCCACAAUAUCAGGCUCUUUUUUCAUCGGAGCCAUUGCUGGCUUACUGUGCUCCACCGGACUCUUUGAUAGAAUAGGACGGAAAAAGGGUGCGAUUGUAGGCGGGGUGAUAACGAUAGUAGCGACAGCAGCAAGUUGUGUGGCUCCUAACUAUCAGGCUCUCCUUGCGUUUAGGAUAAUAUCUGGGUUCGGACUUCUCAUCAACUACACUGGUGUAUAUUGCUGGGUCAUAGAGUACGCUCCUAUGGGUCUAAGGAAUGUGGCCGCUGGUUUUUUCAAUAUUUCCUGGUCCAUAAGUUACCUUAUCUUAGUGCUGCUGGGCUAUCUGAUUGAUGAUUGGAAGUAUUUGUACCUGGCUCUGACUGCAGUUUGUGUCAUCUCCACUGCUAUGUUCUUUGUGGUCCCGCUCCCUGAGUCUCCCAGGUUUCAUUUAGUCAGGGGUAUGGAGAAGGAGGCCAAAGAAAACAUUAUUUCUUUUUUCCAGAUCACAAGAAAUGAGUUUUCGUUUGACAGUAUCAAUCUUGUUUACGAAGAAAGGGCCCAGAAUUACCUGGAGCAAUUAAGUGAUUUUAAGAAAUAUCCCUGUCUGCUGAAAAGAGCUCUCCUUUGUAUGGCCUGCUGGUUCCUUGUGUCUCUUAUUACCUACGCGUACACAGUGGGUUGGAGUAAAAUAGGGUCAGACCUUUUUACCAGCUAUUUGUUCGCUGCUCUUGGUGAUGCUUUCGGUUACGUGUCAGCAAUCCCUAUCUGUCGACUUCUCGGCCGAAAACGAGCAACAAUCUGCCUGUUUGGAGGAAUAGCCGUGAUGAACUUCUUCGCAAUGCUGAACGUGGAUAUCACGGACACCUGGACGAUCGAGCAAAUAGCCAGUUUACUGGGGAGUGUAGCCACCUCCGGCACCUUCUCCAUGGUGUAUCUGUACACGGGGGAGCUAGCUCCUACUUCCCACCGGGGUAUGAUAGUGUGUCUCAGUUCCAGCUGUGCUAGAUUAGGCAGUAUUUUCGGGGCGUAUGUGAGCCUCCUUUACGGGGUGACCGAUAGGAGAGUACCUCUGGCACUGUUCUCGGGUUUGUCGGUCUGUGGAUGUGUGGCGGUCCUUUUCCUGCCUGACACUACUGGGAAAGGGAUACCAGAGACACCGAAAGAUGUUGUUAAUUAA